AAACAGUAUAGUGAUGUUCUUACAGUGUAACUGUGUCAUGUAAAGUGUCUACGACUGUUUUGGGCCAGUAAAGGAAAAUAAAAGUACUGUCAUUCCAGAUUUUACAUGACAUAAUCUUUCAAAAUCAAUAUAAAUAUUAAACGUUAUUUUGAUAUUCUUGAUUUAUCAUUCUUGACCAUUGUUAAACGUCGUAUUAUUUAAUUCAACUUGCAGCAUAAGUGUUGAUGUGGUAUUUAAUUUUUGAGGUAUACAAUUUCACCAUCCACCAUGUUUUGGCAUAAUAACUAUGCACCUUCUGCAGAAAUUGAAAAUUUGCUUAAUGAAGAGGAUGUAACGUUGAAUAAACUGAUGGAUGCUGAAGAUAUUUUACAGGAAUGUAAAACUCAAAAUAAAAAGUUAUUAGAUUUUUUAACUAGAGCAGAUAUCUUAGAAGAAUUGGUUGAUUUAAUUACUAUUGAACCAUCUACAGACUUAGAAGAGCGCAAAAGAUAUAAAUAUUCAAAUAUAGCUUGUGAAUUACUCACAUGUGAUUCGCCACCGCUCACUAAGAAAUUAGCAGGAAAUGAUGUUUUGUUGGCAAAGUUAUACUCUUUCAUAGAUAGAGAAGAGCCUUUAAAUCCAUUAUUGGCUUCAUUUUUUAGCAAAACUUUGCAUGCAUUAUUAAGACAGCCUUCAGAUCAGGAUUGGUUUUCAUAUCAGUUUGUAUGUCUACAAGUUUUGGAAUCUUUGAAGAAUCGAAAAAAUUGUGUUGAUCUUUUGCUGCAACACUUGGGAACUUCUGCAAUCAUGGAUUUAAUAUUGAUUCUAUUGACCAAGAUUGAAGGAAGUGAGAUGCGUCAAAAUAUUUUUACUUGGUUAGAUGACCAAAAUUUGAUACAACGUCUAAUAAAAUUACUAUCUCCAACUUCUGAUCCUGAAAAACAUACAAAUGCAUCACAACUUUUGUGUGAUAUAAUUAGACAUUCCCGAAUGGAAAUGGAGAAACAACCUACUUUGAUACUGCAAACAUUGCAAUCUGAAGAAACGAUACGUUUAAUUCUUGACACAAUUUUAGUGGAAGAAAAAGUUGAAACUAGUAUUGUUGGUGGAAUUAGAGUCUUGAACAAUAUUUUGGGUCAAAAAAAAGAAAAAGACACAGAGACAACUGAUGGAUAUGGUUCACCAUUUAACAAUCAUGUAGAAGAUGAAGAGCGUGAAAAAUUUAUCCCAGUAAUAAUACCUUACAUAAGUCGACUUAAUAACUUAUUAAUUGAUCCACCUGUGAAAGCAUCUGUAAAAACUACUGCUGGUCUAGUAGAGAAACCUUUUGGAAUGACGCGAUUGUACAUUUUAAAAUUAUAUGUUAAUCUUCUUUCAACACAAAAUUUAGAUAUUUUAACUGCAUUUGCAGAAUUGAAUACCUUUAGUAUUCUAUUGGAUUUAUUUUUUGAAUUUUCAUGGAAUAAUUUCUUGCACAGUCAAGUGCAAAAAUGUUUGUCUUUAGCAUUAAAAUGCAGCUCUUCUGAUGUUAACGCCAAACUAUUUGAUAAUAUUUUUAUCAAAGCUAGAUGUAUUGAAAGAUUACUCGAAGUUUGGGAUGAAGAUUAUAAUAAAAGGAAAGAUAACAAGGGUCACUUAGUUGUAAUUGCUAAUGAUAUUUUAAUUAAAUGCUCUGAAGAUGAUGAUUUUAAUUCUUUCUUAAAAAAAAAUUUAUCUGAACCAGUUUUUUCUAAAUGGGAGGAUUUUGUAUCAACUAAGUUACAUGAUACUAAUGAAAAUCAAAAAAUGUCUCUGGGCAGUCCCAAAUUGACAGAAUCGUCUGGCGAUGAAUAUGCAUCAUCAAUGUCUACUUUAACAUGGUUGAAAGAAUCCUUCAUGAAUUCUCAAGACCAACCGAAUGCAUCUUCUAAUGUUAGUUGUUAUCAACCAAUAUUAGAAGCAGAGAAUUGUUAUUUCAACUUCCAAUCUGAUAAGUUUCAUGACGUUGAUGCAGAAAUGAACUCUUUGGAACAAAUGAAUCAACAAUCUCUUAACUUAUCCCAAGAUUCUGAAUUUCUGAAAAGCCAAGAAAUAUUUAAUAAUAUUUGCGAUGAUGUUAGUAGUGCUAUGCAAUGGGGACAAAGUCAUGACUGCAAUACCGACCAAUCUGAUUGGUUGAAAAAUGAGAAGAAUAGUUCAAGCUCUUCGGACGAAGACGAAGGUUCUAGAGAUUUUGGCAUGGAAGAUAAUUCCACUGAUCUUUGGGGUCAAAUGAAAUCUUUAUCGAUGAGAGAUGCAUCAUCCCCUAUCAAUCUUUGGAGUUCAAAUACGGUUGAACCUGUUGAGCAAACUGGAUGGGCCAACUUCGAAGAGUUUAGUUCUGCGCCUUGUGAAGAAGGUUUAGUACCUUCAACACAAUGUGAAAAACCAGAGGCAGAAAUAGUUAAUGUACCAGCUGAGCCAGAAAAUCCAGUUAAAUCCGAACUAUUGUCACCAAUCAUUGACGCCGAUUCCUCAAUAGUCACAAAUGAACCAAAUUUGACACAUAAUGCUCCAUUAGAUUUUGAAGACGAAAAUCUUUCUCGUUCGUCCGAUUCAAGUGAUGAAAAAUCUUCAGAAAUCGUUCCAGACAGCAACACAAACGCAACCGAAACGGACGGCCGACCACCUCAAACAGAAGAACUACCCAAAAGUUGAAAAAUGUUCAUUUAAAAAAUUGUUCAAUUUUGUUAACAAACUGUUAAAUAUAAUAAAAAUAAACGG